AUGCACGUCUUUGGCAAGACCUUUCCAGGAAAGAUGCAGCACAUUGCCUGGCCAGAUCAUAUCGUUGGUAUAGACAAAGAAGUCGGUUUCAAAAUUAAGGAAAGCGUCAAAGAAGCGGUCAAGGGUCAAAUAGGAGAGAGCAUGAAGAAAGUAGCCGAGCGCGUAGACAAUGGAGAGGUGCAUAAGUGGAGGCAGGAAAUUGGAAAGAGACUGGGCUAA